AUAAGGGGAGGAGUCUCACUGACAAGAAACUGGCUCUACUGAGUUUGGCUGCUCCCUAAAAUAGCAGUUGUGUGUAAAUGUGACUGAAAUUACGUUAAUGUUCCACGCACACGGUAUCCAUUGGAGGCUCUGAUAUAGAGUAUCUAUAUUCAGCGAGGGACUUGAGAGACAAGGACAUUUUUCCCAAGGAGGAGAAAUCUGCAGGAAGCUUAACGCGAGUGAGGGAAGCAUUGAAGGCUAAAAGAAGAGACAGACAGACAGACAGGAGCUGGAUAUUCUUGGUCCGAUAAAGAGGUUAUCACUGCUUUGAUAGUUGGAUUGUGGUGUGGUCACGAAAACGACAGAGCCAGAGAGAGAGAGAAGAGAGAGUGUUGUACAAUGUGCUAGGAGAUAAGGAAGAAGACGAGCUCGGUAGUUUUUCUGAUAUUCUUGAAGUGUCAGAGAGACCGAACAGAACGCAGAGAUGGGACGGAAGAAGAUACAGAUCACCAGGAUCAUGGAUGAGAGGAACAGGCAGGUUACCUUCACGAAGAGGAAGUUUGGGCUAAUGAAGAAGGCCUAUGAGCUCAGCGUUCUAUGUGACUGUGAGAUAGCCCUGAUCAUAUUCAACAGCUCAAACAAACUGUUUCAGUAUGCGAGCACAGACAUGGACAAGGUCCUGCUCAAAUACACUGAGUACAACGAGCCCCACGAGAGCAGAACUAACUCUGACAUUGUCGAGGCGCUAAACAAGAAAGAACACAGAGGCUGUGAUAGCCCGGACCCCGAUGCCUCAUAUGUCCUCACCCCUCACACAGAAGAAAAGUAUAAAAAAAUUAAUGAGGAGUUUGAUAAUAUGAUGAGAAAUCAUAAAAUCCCCACAGCGCUGCCCCAGCAGAACUUCUCCAUGCAUGUGGCAGUGCCAGUCUCCAACCAGAACACCAUGUCCUACAACCCAGGAGGCUCCAUGAGCAGCCAGGCCCAGGCCGUAGCCUCUCUGAGCGACAGUGGGAUGCUCUCUCCCGCUCAGGCCUCCUUACACAGGAAUGUGGGCUCCAGCGGGGGCCAGCAGAGGCCCCCUAGUCAAGGCAAUGCAGGGAACGGCUUUGUCAACCCUAGGGGCUCUCCGGGACUCCUGGGCGCAACCAGCGGGAACGGCCUGGGGAAAGUCAUGCCCACCAAGUCUCCACCGCCCCCUGGAGGGAACAUGGGGAUGGGCAACCGCAAGCCAGACCUGAGAGUGCUGAUCCCCCCGUCCAGCAAAGGCAUGAUGCCCCCACUGAACACCCACAGGAUAAGCAGCUCCCAGUCCCAGCUACUCGCCACCCCAGUAGUGUCUGUCACCACCCCCAGUCUGCCCCCCCAAGGCCUGGUCUACUCAGGCAUGCCCACCGGCUACAACACCGAGUACUCCCUGAGCAGUGCAGAGAUCUCCUCCCUACAGGGCUUCGGCUCUCCAGGGCUCUCUUUGGGCUCCAUGUCGGCAUGGCAACAACAUCAACUGGGCCAGGCAGCUCUCAGCUCUUUGGUGGGUGGUGGUCACCUACCUCAGGGCUCCAACCUCUCUAUCAACACCAGCCAGAACAUCAACAUCAAGUCAGAGCCCAUCUCCCCACCGCGGGAGCGCGUCACCUCCUCUGGCUUCCCCCAGCAGCAACAGCAACAGCAGCAGCAGCAGCAGCAGCAGCAGCAGGCGUCCAGCCGGCAGGACCUGGGCCGCUCGCCUGUGGACAGCCUCAGCUCCUCCUGCAGCUCGUACGAUGGCAGCGACCGCGAAGAUCACCGGCCGGACUUCCACUCCUCGUCCAUGGGGUUGGGCAGACCCCCAGCCGGAACCGAGGACAACCGGGAGAGCCCCUCUGUCAAGCGCAUGCGCAUGGACACCUGGGUGACAUAGAGUCACUCAGUCAGGCCUCCAGUCACCAGCUAGUCAGACGGAGGGAGGGAGGUGGUAGACUUGGGGGAGAGAUGGAUGGGGUAGGAAAGGUCCUUAUAGUUAUCAUUAUAAUAUUAUUAUUUAACUCCAUUUCAUUUUGUAAGAAGGAAUGGCAAAUAAAUUAAAUACGUCUCACAUUAAUAAGAAAAACAAUCAAGAAGUUGGACUGAAUUAUGUACACAAACAGAUGUUAUCAGGUACUGGGUGCGAAUUAGAUGUUUGCAGGAGUCUGAUGUUCAAAGAAAAAAAAAAGAAGAAAAAAACGAAUCUAGAUUAUUGUAGUCACUGGUCUAGUCUGACACUUGUAGUUGCUGUUUUCGCUGUUGUGGUUGCAAGUUACAAACAAUCCAAAAAGUCAAGAGUGUUGCCUGCUGGCUGAGGGCCCCUGCUUGUGGCGUCCACUGUUAGAGCUCAUGUUUCACUACAUGGUGUAAACUCAUACGACUUUAAUCUCAUACAACUUUGUCUCAAUUUGUCUCUUCUAUGAACUUAUUAAAUCAAUAGAUGUGGAAUCAAAUUUUAAAACAAUUUCGACCUCAGAGACUAAAAAGAGUUGUUUUUCAUUUGAAAGAGGUUUCCCUUGUGUGGUUUUAGACAGGAAAAGCUAUCCUGUAUGGGAAGGACAUGGCUCAGAGUCAUGUGUUUAGUUCUAAAAUAAAUAGGAAAAAGUAUAUUGCAAUAAUAACAUUCAUUUUAUAAUCUGAUAUAUGGGACAUUAACAUGAUGGGAAAUUGUCCAGUUGAACUGGUAACAUGGUAAUAGCAAGGCAUCUUCUCAUUGCUCCAACAAUUCAUUGGUAAUGUAAGCCAAAGCUGUACUGUACGUUUCUUUCUGUUAUUUUGUAGCUAUGGUUUCCUAGCAAUUCUCUCAAAAAACAAUUGUUCAUUUUAGUUUUGUUUUUACUGUGCUUUGUUACAAACAUUAUAAAGACAUGCAAGCCAGAUCUUGAAUCAAUAUCUCAAGCCAUGAACACUUGCUGUUCUGUUUGUUAAAUUAAACAUUUGAGCCAAACACUUUCUUUUGUUAUGUAAAUAGCAACUUUAAUAUAUAUAUAUAUAUAUAUAUCACCUUGGUGUAAGUACGUAUGUAUUGUACCAUCACCAGAUUCAAGAAAAAGGUAUAUUUUUGUGGAUUACUGCCAUGUUUACAGGGCGAGAUCCUUAUUAAGUAGAUUAUUCACUGGUUAAUAUUUACUAUUUUAUUAAUUAUACUGUACUUUCUUCAAAAUUGAAUUACUACCAUUAUAGUCAGUGAUUUUCUUUCCAGAGAGUAGUUUUUAAGGUUGUUUUCCCUUUAAUAGUGGUGAAUGUCUGUCCUUAAGAAAUUGUAAUAACAGUGAUGUAAGGUUAAAGUUCCACUAUAUCUUAUGUUGUGAAGGAUAAUCUCAACGCUGAGGAAAAUAUGGUUUAGGGUUAGGCUAUUUACCUGUAGCUGCUGAAUACACUGCCAACUUUCAAACCCAAGGUCCCAUCUCAGCAUUGAAAAACCAUCCAUUGUGAUUGUGCUUUGCUCGAUUGAAAGACAUGCCAUUUCAUGAACCAUGCCAAUAAACCUAUUUGGGUCGCUCCACAAAAAGAGUG